AUGCUGCUGCUUUGGGGGUCACUGCUGUGCUGGGCGCUGCUGUCCCAGGCUCGAGGGGAGGCCCAGCACCUGCUCUUCCUGCGGGUCAGCAAGGACCAGCUGGAGACAGACAUUUCAGACCUGUUCUCGGAACACCGCAUCCUGGACCGCGUGACCAGGAUUCCUGUGACGGGGGCCGCGGGUGAGGGCGUCCCCAUCCUGGAGCACCUGCCCUUCGUGAGAGAACGCCUCUCCAAGAAGAGCAGUGGGCUUGACCUGUCGCUGGUCGGGGACUUGCUCUCGGGGAGGAGCCUCCCACUGAUCGGGCAGCUGCUCCAGGCGGGCGGGUUGGUCAUAGAAGAUGCCAAAGGACCUGAGGUCACCCUGCAGAUCCUAAGCGACAGCCUGCUGCAGGUCACACUGAAGAGCAAACUGUACCUCUCACUCCACAGGAUCCUGCGGCUCAAAGUCAUCAUGAACAUCCGCAUCGGGGUACGGCUGGAACAGACAGGGACCAAGACCCGCGUGGCCUUUGAGGAGUGCCACACCCCCCCGGGAUACCUGAGCAUCGAGGUUCUGGAGCAGAUGAACCCCUUCCUGGUGAACGAAGCUCUAAAGUUGGUGACGGGUGUCCUGGACGAGAAGCUGCCCUUCCUCCUGCAGAAGAUACUGUGCCCCGCGGCCACAACCCUGCUCAGCUCACUGCUGGAAGACCUGCUGUCCGUCGCUCUGCCCCCGACCAUCUCGGGUCCAGAAGACUUCCAGUACCACGUCACCAGCACGCAGCUCACGGAGGAGGCCAUCCUGAUGGAAGUCCAGCUCGUGACCCCCUGCGGCCCAGGCCAGAGGGCCCCAAGGCCUGACCACCUGGCCCCGCAGCCCCUCCCACAAUUAGCCCAGGGCAGCAUGGCGGACCUGGCCUUUUGGCUGGAAGCAUACAAUGACAUCCUGUCCUGCCUCUACACCGGCAAGGAGAUCCACGUGGACCCCCAGGACUCCACGGCUGCCGACCUCAUUCAGCUGUUGUCGCUGCGAGAGCCGCAGCCCGGGCCCCAGACUUCUAGUCAGCCCAGAGGGAGUGUGGGCCUGACCAUCAGCGCCCCUGACCCCCCUACCGUCCGCCUGGACGGCUGCACAGCCACGGUCAUCCAGCCAGGCUCGUUGGUGCUGCGGGGGCCCAGCAACACGUCCUCUGUCUCGGUUUCCUGGAAACUCCUUUCAAAGGCUGCGUUUUCCUCGAGAAAUCAGGAAUUAAAACUCCAGUUCACUCCAAACAGGUGAUUUUUUUUGGUUUUUGAUGUUGAGAAAA